AUGUCAAUUACAAAAACUGAGUUAGACGGUAUAUUGCCAUUGGUGGCCAGAGGAAAAGUUAGAGACAUAUACGAGGUGGACGCUGGUACGUUACUUUUUGUCGCUACGGAUCGUAUCUCUGCAUACGAUGUCAUCAUGGAAAACAGCAUUCCUGAAAAGGGGAUCUUGUUGACCAAACUCUCAGAGUUCUGGUUCAAGCUUCUGUCCAGUGAUGUGCGUAACCAUUUAGUUGAUAUUGCACCAGGGAAGAGCAUUUUCGAUUUCUUGCCCGCAAAGCUGAGCGAACCAAAAUACAAAAGUCAAUUAGAAGGACGUUCUCUAUUGGUUCACAAGCACAAGCUUAUCCCAUUGGAAGUGAUCGUCAGAGGCUACAUCACCGGGUCUGCUUGGAAGGAAUACAAGAAAUCUGGCACUGUGCACGGCUUGAAGCAACCACAGGGACUCAAAGAAUCGCAAGAGUUCUCGGAACCUAUUUUCACCCCAUCAACCAAGGCCGAACAAGGUGAACACGAUGAAAACAUCUCUCCUGCUCAAGCUGCCGAGCUGGUAGGCGAAGACUUGUCGCGCAGGGUGGCAGAACUGGCUAUCAAACUCUAUUCCAAAUGCAAAGAUUAUGCCAAGGAGAAGGGAAUUAUCAUUGCCGACACCAAGUUCGAAUUUGGUAUUGACGAAAAGACCAACGAGAUUAUCCUGGUAGACGAGGUGCUAACUCCAGAUUCUUCCAGAUUUUGGAAUGGUGCCUCCUACAAGGUGGGAGAGUCCCAAGAUUCCUACGACAAGCAAUUUCUAAGAGACUGGCUUACUGCCAAUAAGUUGAACGGUGUUAACGGCGUGGAAAUGCCACAAGACAUUGUCGACAGAACAAGGGCCAAGUAUAUAGAAGCGUAUGAAGCAUUGACAGGCUCCAAAUGGACGUACUAA